GUCGAUGCAUGUUUCCGGCGUGGCUGUACGCUGGCUUGACCUUUGCGCCAGUCUCCGUCGCCAUGAAUGGGAAUGGCGUAACUUGGAGCAGCUGAAGCAGGCGGUUGUUGAGGAAUGGAAUCUGAUCUCAUCCAUUAAGAUCAGGAGGCAUAUUGGUGAGAUGCCUGGGCGCUGACAGCUUGUUGUGUGGAAUGGCGAGGCUAUUAAGUGUGGGCAGAGGAGCAGCGAAUGAGGG